AUGGAGAAUCCCCUACCAACGCUCGCCGUACCAGGCCAGCAACUAGCUACAACAUCAACAUACCUCCCCGGUGCCGGCACCCACGUCCAGAAUGGAAUCAUCUGUGCCUCCAUCCCAGGCCCAGUAUUCGUCGAACAACUUCCAGGACAGACCAAAUCGAAAGCCUCGAAAUCGAUAUUGAGCGUCUUGCGCUCUGGCGUGGGUAACAUUGGACCUAAUGGCGUCAUACAAAAAGCACCAGCUGCGACUACCACGACGACAGUGGCAGGAACAAAAAAGCCCAAAUACAACACCCUACCUGCCGUCGACUCAGUAGUCCUUGCGCGCGUCACGCGUGUCCAAAAGCGACAGGUUAUGCUUUCUAUUCUAGUCGUCCUAGAUGACGCCUCGACCUCCGACAACGACAACAUCGCCGCCAUUCUGACCUCGGCCGCCAACCCCGAAAACCAAAGCACCUCGGACGAACUACGCUUCCAAGCCCUGAUCCGCAAAGAAGAUGUGCGCGCAGUGGAGAAGGAUCGUGUUGUGUUAGAGGAAAUGUUUCGUGUAGGUGAUGUGGUGCGUGGUAGUAUUAUAUCGUUGGGUGAUCAGAGUUUUUAUUAUUUGACGACUGCACGCAACGACCUAGGUGUUGUUAUGGCGAGAAGUGACGCAGGGAAUAUGAUGUUUCCUGUUAGUUGGAAGGAGAUGAAGGAUCCGGUGACGGGGGCGUCGGAGUCGAGGAAGGUUGCAAGGCCUUUUUGA